AUGGCAUCGCAAAAGCGGCAUAGCAGGCGAAAAAGUAUACAAAACAGCGACCCAGGGAAGAUUUUGGAUUUAGUUAUGAGUCUUACCGAUGAUGGUGCUGCGCAACUGGAAGUAAAAAUAAAUACUUACUUACGCGACGAAUGCGAGGCCGAUGCAGUUCUGCAAGUGGUGGUUCACAACGCCGGUAUGGAGGCUUCACUUGAUGCUGUGGAUGCUACUGCUUUAGCUAGAAAAAAUAAGAUAUGUAUGACCGCAAAAAUGGCGGAUGUAUUGAAAUCAGUGGUCGAACAAAACGAUAUUCUAACGAACUUUGGAGCUGAUUUUCAAACAAUCGUUUCACCAUAUGUCACGAAAGACAAUAUUAAAAAACGCGUGAUUAUGUAUCCCGUAAUAGACAAAACAUUCUCAGUCGUCGUUUGCGUGAUUGCGCCAAAGAUUUUGGAAGAGCACGUUGCAAUUCUGAUACACGAGUGUUUUUUGUUCGUGUGGCCAGUACUAAAAAAGGCCAUAGCUCUUGAAUACGAAUGCACUUUGAAGCAAAAAUGCCAGCAGUUACUGCGGGUCGCUAGACGAUUGUUUACACAAGUGGCGUCGUUAGAAACAUUGCUCCAAAUAGCAAUGGAUCAAGCGAAACAGUUGACGAAAGCAGAACAUUGUUGUGUACUCUUGGUUGACGUUGAGCGAAUGGAGCUAGUGAAGAGAUUUACAGGAACUACGAAUACGGAUGAUAAAGAAAUGUCUGAGCGUCGUUUUCCAAUGGACGUUGGCAUAACGGGUCAGGUGAUAAGUACAGGCACUUUGAUAAACUGCAAAGUCGCCAAAAACCACCCUGCGUAUUAUUCUGAAAUAGAUUGUAACUCGGGAGUUGAAUGCAAAUCCAUCCUUUGUUUUCCAAUCCGUGAGCAAACCGGUAUUAUUGGCGUUGGGCAAUUAAUCAAUAAAAUUGGCGAUCCGUAUUUCGAUGCAAUGGAUGAGGAAAUGGCUCUCGCAUUUAGCAUUUACUGUGGAGUCUGUAUCAUGCACUCGGUGGUCUAUCAGAAGAUUCAAGAGGCGCAUAUAAGGAAUGCUCUAGCUAACGAGCUGGUCAUGUACCACAUGAAAGUCGGUGACUCUGAAGUAUCCCGUCUGUUAGAAUGCUCUGGUUUUCACAACCAUCCGCACCUGAACAGUCUCCAUUUUAACAUUCGUGCGCUGCCCCUACGGGAACUACCUUGUUAUGUGCUGAAGAUGUUCGACGAUCUUGGAUUUGAUAAAAAGUUCAAUAUAAAGAAGCACAAGCUUGCCCGCUUCAUACUUCACGUGAAAAAAGGCUAUAGAGAUGUGCCAUACCACAGCUGGCUCCACGCAUUUAAUGUUGCGCAGUGGGCCUAUGCUGCGUUGACUAAUUACAAACUUAUUCAGCAAGGAUAUUUGAGUGAUUUGCAAGCACUCAUGUAUGUGAUAGCAGGCUUGGUGCACGAUAUGGACCAUCGAGGUACAACAAACAACUUUCAAAUUCAGGGCCAGACGACUCUAGCAGCGCUAUACUCGAGUGAAGGUAGCGUAAUGGAGCGACAUCACCUCGCACAAGCGAUGUGUGUGCUCAACACGGAAGGAUGCGAUAUUUUGGAGACUCUCCCGAGACGGGACUACGACAGAGCCAUUAUGACGUUACGGGAUUAUGUUCUGGCGACGGAUUUGGCUAACUAUUUCAAGAAUCUCAACGAAUUUCGUGCAAUAUCGUAUGACUACCAAAAGGGUAAUCGCGGUCAUACCACAGCUCUGCAGUCGUUGCUAAUGAACGCAGCCGACCUCAGUGACCAACUCAAAGACUGGGGAUGUGUGAAGAAGACCGCUGCGGCAGUACUUAGCGAAUUCUUUAAGCAAGGCGAAUUAGAGAAGAGUAGAGGUGAUCUGCCUCCGAAUAUCAUGGACAGGGAGAAGUGCUUCAUUCCAGACCUUGAGAUUCAGUUCUUGACUACAACGUGUGUGCCAUUAUUUGAAAUAGUUGGCCGAAUAAUCCCGAAGGCAAGCCCUUGCUUAAAAAUUAUCGAGAACCACAUUGAGAGGUGGGACGCAGCUAUUCCUAUUUUUGCAGAGGUUCCCAUAACAGCUGGCCUCUCAGUCCUCCUGAGUCCUGAAUUGGACAACUUGAUAGAACAGAACCUCAAGGAGAAAGAAAGACAGCGGUUGGAAGCUGAGCAGGAAGGAGAUUAA